CUGCCUCGACCCCUUCCUCUGCUGCCACGUCUGCUCGCUCCUGAAACAUUGCCUCCUCUGCCACUCCUCUGCGUGUUGUCUGACAUACUCUUUAAUUCAAUAGUGGUUGUGAAGCAGAAAGUCAGUUUGUUUUGCACAAUCGGCAAACUUCAGCACCAACUGUGCACGACAGCCACCAAAAAAAAAAAGGGUGUAUGUCACUUAAAUUUUCGAUUCUUUGAUAGCUGUGUCCCUGAGUAAUGAUUCUGUGUCCCUGAGUAACGAUUCUGUGUCCCUGAGUAACGAUUUUGUGUAAAUCCCGAUAGUAACGAUUCUGUGUCCCUGAGUAACGAUUCUGUGGCCCUAAAGUCUCUGUGGCCCUAACUCUGUCCCUUAAUACACACAGGUCUGUCUCUCUUGAAUGAC